AUGCGCCCCUUCACCAUGGGUCUUCGCCCAUUGAAUGCCCUUCUGUCGCAAGCACAAUCCUACACUCCUAUUGCGCGCACACAAUCAUCACGCUUCCUUUCAACACAAUCCCUCUCUCUAAACUCAGCUCGCCCAUCAUAUAUUCUCCCUCGCUCGCAGCGCAUCCUCGCACACACUCAACUCCGAUACAACUCCGGCUCUGCCCGCCCUCUCACCGAAUCGCCCAAGAGCGGAUCACCCAAGACCCAGGCGGAGCAAGAGGCUGAAUGGGAAGCACAGAACCAGGAGCGUCGCAAAGAUGAGCAAGCCUACCGUAUCACAUUCACUUGCAAGCCAUGUGGUCAUCGCUCCGCGCACCGCAUGUCCAAGCACGGUUACCACCGUGGAACUGUCCUGAUCCAAUGUCCAUCGUGUGAUUCGCGUCAUGUCAUGAGUGAUCACCUUGGUGUCUUCUUCGAGAAGAAGACAACUUUGGAAGAUAUUUUGAAGGAGAAGGGUCAGACAUUGACCCACGGCCAUACGGAGGGAAACCUGGAAUUCUGGGAGGAUGGAUCUGUGAAGAGUUAUGACUUGGAGGGCAAGGAAAUAUUGACAUCACGCAAUGAUAAGCCGACUUGA